GUGCGGGGGCGCGGACUUUGCUGUUCUAGCGUGUCCUUCAGCUCCGGGUUGAAACCGGAGCCGGAUUUCGCACGGACGGCCACGUCAACCUAAACCUACACCACCUCCCCACCCCGCAGCCGCCGCACCCGCAAGGCCUGCGGCCGGUCCUCCCAGGCCGUGCCAUCCACGCCUUUCCCACAGUGCCCCGCGCCAGGCCCCGCCCCGGCUCGCCCUGGAGACCGGCGUGCGAGCCGACCGGAGGUGGUCGCGCUCUCUGCUGCCGGUGCGGCUCAUCCUCCCCUCAUCCCGAGCUCCGCGGCCCGGCGGUCUGAGAGUGCGUGUUUCCUUCCCGCACGCACAGCUUGCGCUCGGUGGGGUUGGGCACACCGCCGGGGAUUGAGGAUGGGGGAGUAGCUGCAGAAGGCGAUCCCGCAACACCGAGCAUGAAAAGGAGGGGAUUAGAAAUGAGCCACAACCACAGAUUAACAUUUGGGAGAAAAUUUCGUGAUGUUCGAGUAAUCGUUGGAGUAAUGUGGACAGAAGUUCUCAAACUUGCAUAUUACAUCAUCUGGAACCAGCGGUGUAUCUUAACGUUCACUUAAAUCAGAUCUUGUAUAAGAAAAAGAAUGGGCGUCUGGUUAAAUAAAGAUGACUAUGUCAGAGACUUGAAAAGGAUCGUUCUCUGUUUUCUAAUAGUGUCUAUGGCCAUUUUUGUCGGCACAGAUCAGGAUUUUUACAGUUUGCUUGGAGUAUCCAAAACUGCAAGCAGUAGAGAAAUUAGACAAGCUUUCAAGAAAUUGGCAUUGAAGCUUCAUCCUGAUAAAAACCCGAAUAACGCAAAUGCACAUAGUGAUUUUUUAAAAAUCAAUAGAGCAUAUGAAGUACUCAAAGAUGAAGAUCUACGGAAAAAGUAUGACAAAUAUGGAGAAAAGGGACUUGCAGAUAAUCAAGAAGGAGGCCAGUAUGAAAGCUGGAAUUAUUAUCGUUAUGAUUUUGGUAUUUAUGAUGAUGAUCCUGAAAUCAUAACAUUGGAUAGAAGAGAAUUUGAUGCUGCUGUUAAUUCUGGAGAACUGUGGUUUGUGAACUUUUACUCUCCAGGAUGUUCACACUGCCAUGACUUAGCUCCCACGUGGAGAGACUUUGCUAAAGAAGUGGAUGGAUUACUUCGAAUUGGAGCCGUUAACUGUGGUGAUGAUAGAAUGCUUUGCCGAAUGAAAGGAGUCAAUAGUUAUCCCAGCCUUUUCAUUUUUAGGUCUGGAAUGGCUGCAGUGAAAUACCAUGGUGACAGAUCAAAGGAAAGCUUAGCAAGUUUCGCCAUGCAACAUGUUAGAAGUACAGUGACAGAAUUAUGGACAGGAAAUUUUGUCAACGCCAUACAAACUGCUUUUGCUGCUGGUAUUGGCUGGCUGAUCACUUUUUGUUCCAAAGGAGGAGAUUGUUUGACUUCACAGACACGACUCAGGCUUAGUGGCAUGUUGGAUGGUCUUGUUAAUGUAGGAUGGAUGGACUGUGCCACCCAGGACAACCUUUGUACAAGUUUGGAUAUUACAACAAGUACUACUGCCUAUUUUCCUCCUGGAGCCACUUUAAAUAAAGAGAAAAGCGGCAUUUUGUUUCUUAAUUCAUUGGAUGCUAAAGAAAUAUAUUUGGAAAUAAUGCAUAACCUUCCCGAUUUUGAACUACUUUCGGCAAACACACUAGAGGAUCGUUUGGCUCAUCAUCGGUGGCUCGUAUUUUUUCAUUUUGGAAAAAAUGAAAAUUCAAAUGAUCCUGAGUUGAAGAAACUAAAAAGUCUACUUAAAAAUGAACAUAUUCAAGUUGGCAAGUUUGACUGUUCCUCUGCACCAGACAUCUGCAGUAAUCUCUAUGUUUUUCAGCCAUGUCUAGCAGUAUUUAAAGGACAAGGAACCAAAGAAUAUGAAAUUCAUCAUGGAAAGAAGAUUCUGUAUGAUAUACUUGCCUUUGCCAAAGAAAGUGUUCAUUCUCAUGUUACCACACUUGGACCUCAGAAUUUUCCUGCCAAUGACAAAGAACCAUGGCUUGUUGAUUUUUUUGCCCCUUGGUGUCCACCAUGUCGAGCUUUAUUACCAGAGUUACGAAAAGCAUCAAAGCAUCUUUAUGGCCAGCUUAAGUUUGGUACAUUAGAUUGUACAGUUCAUGAGGGACUCUGUAACAUGUAUAACAUUCAAGCUUAUCCAACCACAGUGGUGUUCAACCAGUCCAACAUUCAUGAAUAUGAAGGACAUCACUCUGCCGAACAGAUCUUGGAGUUCAUAGAGGAUCUUAUGAAUCCUUCAGUGAUCUCCCUGACACCAACCACUUUCAAUGAACUGGUUAAACAAAGAAAACAUGACGAAGUCUGGAUGGUUGAUUUCUAUUCUCCAUGGUGUCAUCCAUGCCAAGUUUUAAUGCCAGAAUGGAAAAGAAUGGCCCGGACAUUAAGUGGACUGAUCAAUGUGGGCAGCAUAGACUGCCAACAGUAUAAUUCUUUUUGUGCUGAAGAAAAUGUUCGGAAAUACCCUGAGAUAAGAUUUUUUCCCCAAAAAUCAAGUAAAGCUUAUCAGUAUCAUAGCUACAGUGGUUGGAAUAGGGAUGCCUAUUCCCUAAGAACCUGGGGUCUAGGAUUUUUACCUCAAGCAUCCAUAGAUCUCACACCUCAGACCUUCAAUGAAAAAGUUUUACAAGGGAAACAUCACUGGGUGGUUGAUUUCUAUGCUCCUUGGUGUGGACCUUGCCAGAAUUUUGCUCCCGAGUUUGAGCUCCUGGCUAGGAUGAUUAAAGGAAAAGUGAAAGCUGGAAAAGUAGACUGUCAGGCUUAUGCUCAAACGUGCCAGAAAGCUGGUAUCAGAGCCUAUCCGACCGUUAAAUUUUAUCCCUACGAAAGAGCAAAGAGAACUAUUUGGGGAGAACAAAUAGAUACCAGAGAUGCAAAAGAGAUUGCUACCUUAAUAUAUGAAAAAUUAGAACAUCUCCAAAAACACGGAAAGAGAAACAAGGAUGAACUCUAAUGACACUGAAGAUGAGGAAAAAAUGGAAAAACGCUGACAGAAGACAUCUUUUUUAGACUGUUACUACAUUCUUGAUAGGAAUAAAUGCACAUUAUAUUGGCCUUGUAAAUGCACUAUCUGAAUUCUGUAUAACAUGGGUAUGAAUGAAGGGCCUGCGGACUUUCUGUGUAGGGCCAAGUCAUAAAUAUUUUAGGCUUGUAGACCAUAUACAGUUGUCACCUAUGCUUUUUUUUGUUUUGUUUUCAACCCUGUAAAAAAAGGUAAAAAACCAUUCUUAGCUGAGGGCUGUACGCAAAUAGGCCACAAGCUACAUUCAGCCUGUGGGCCACAGAUUUGCUGAGUCCUGGAAAUGAUGUUUAGGCUGGCUGGCUGGACCAUGAGCCUGCUCUGCCCUUUAUACGUACAUGUCUAAGUUGUACACAGUAGACUUGAUCACUUCCAGUUUUGUGGCUUGACUAAAAAGAGAGAACUUGGUUUUCAGUCUCCUGUUCUAAAAAUUCUCUGAAAUUGAUUCCCUAAUCAUAUUUCAUUUAAAAAACACGACGUGGAAUAAUAAACAGAUACCCUAUUAUCAUGCUAUAUUAAUUAUAGUGAAGAAAUUCUUCAUUCUGUUCUUUCUUAAAAGUUGAAUUGAUUUGAAUUUUUCACAAUUGAGAAAAAUUUUUUGUAACAGUAAGUAAAAUUCUAUAGAUUUCUACAGCAUUCAAAAAUACCCGAGGAAACAAUUAUUUAUAGCAAUUGCACAUUUUAGAGUAUCCCAAAUAUAGCAAGUAUUGAGGGUUCUAUAUUUUAAAAAUAUGUGUUAAUUUAUUUUCUAAAUAUUUUUCAUGAAAGUUUUCCCUGUGAAUGUAAUUAACUUUUGAAGCAUCUUUCUAAUAUUUAUGUUUUUGCCUUCUGGACUCUGUUUUGAUGUGUAUCUUUUAUUUACAUUUGCCUUUUUUCUUCAUAGUUGUGGUUUUUUCACUCUUGUCUAAUCUCUUUAUUCAAACAGGAAAAAUAACUAGUUUUUUUCACUACAGCUCAUAACGAUACUAUGGUCAUUCCAAUUGUUAGUUUAUUCUUGAAGGCCGCCAUGUUCAGAUAAAUACUGGCAUAAUAAGUUAUUUUUGUAAGAAAAUUAAGUGUUUAAAUCUAAGGAUGGGAUCUUUUAGUUUCUCAGUUGUUCAGACUCACAAAUUUUUUUUCCUUGCAUUUUAACAAAACACUGUGAGUAACAUGUAGCUGUUUAGUUAUAAUUCAGGUUGUAUGGAAUGGUAAAAAUCCAAAUUGAUCAAAAAAGGUCAAUGAUUUUUUUUUAAAACCUUUGGUUUUCCCAAAAACCUAUCAGGAUCAUAGUUUAUUAUAUUGGAAGACUUCUGUUUAUUUUUUAAAUCACUUUACCUCCUUCUUCAAUAGUUCCUCAAAUAUUUUAUAGCUGCAAUAUAGAAAAAGUAACAUUUUUUUCACUUUAAAGUGUAACCAAUUUUUUUAUAGUCGCUCCCAUAUUGUUUUUGUAUAUUCCUUAACUCCUUAUCUUGGAUUUCACUUUAUACAUGUAGACACAUCUAGAAUAUUCACUUCUAGCCUUAAUUUAACACCACAUUUUGAAUUAUGAUUAGUAAUGGCAAGUGCCUUUUAUUUAUUAAAUUUUUAAAGCCUAGAAUUUCUUUUUUGUUGUUGUUGUUGUUGUUGGUUUUUAGUUGAG